AUGGGUAUCCCAAACGUGAAUGGAAUGGAGCUCAACAAUACAGCAAAACAUCCAGUUUGGAAGCGAUGGGUUCGCUUCAUAGCAGAAGAUGGUCAAAUAUAUGGUGGUGAACCAGUGAAUCCCGAUAUUGAUGUGGGUCAGGCCAUAGAACAGAAUGUCGAAGUCCCAGUCAAAGUGGUGACUGGUAAUUCGGCACUGAAUUAUGAUGCUUCAUUCACAGGUGAAAUCAAAACAAUUUAUGAACUGCUAUCUCCAGUCUCGCAGAUCGAAGCUGGGACUGUUCGAUGCGUCGGCCUAAACUACAAGGAACACGCAGCCGAGAUGAAGUUGACUCUUCCAAACACGCCAACCGUCUUUUUGAAAGCCAGCACAUGCAUUGCCUCUGCGUCCGAACCCAUUAUACUUCCCUCCAACGUGGAUUACGAUGAAGCAGACUAUGAAGUUGAGUUGGCGAUAGUCAUCGGCAAACAAUGCAAGAAUGUUUCGGUGGCUAAAGCAGCCGACUAUGUUCUGGGUUAUGCAGUCGCGAAUGAUGUGACUGCCCGCAAGCAUCAAGAGAAGACAUCACAAUGGUCUUACGCAAAGGGAAUGGAUGGCUUUUGCCCACUUGGUCCAUGCAUCGUGUCUACCGAACAAAUCCCCGAUGCUUCAGUUUUGAAUUUAAAGACCCGUCUCAAUGGAAAGAUCAUGCAGGAUGGAGCCGCCGAUGACAUGAUCUUCAGCAUACCAGAAAUUGUGUCUUAUCUUUCUCAGGGUCACACAUUACUGCCCGGAACCGUCAUCAUUACCGGAACGCCUUGUGGCAUUGGUAUCUCACAGAACCCACCACAAUUCCUCCAGCCUGGAGAUGAGCUACGGAUAAGCAUCAGCCAUGGAUUAGGCACACAAAUAUGCCCGAUUGCGAGGGAUUGA